GUCUCUCAGACUGUACGUGCAUUAAAAGUUUGCUUGGGAUUGCUCAAAAGCAAAAGAAAAGCAAAAGGAAAAAAAGAAGAACCAGGAAAAGGAUUGUAUUGGUUUUAAAAUCAUGCGAAAGCUGCAAAUCUAUGUUUAUAUUUACCUGUUUAUGCUGAUUGUUGCUGGUCCAGUGGAUCUAAAUGAGAACACUGAGCAAAAAGAAAAUGUGGAAAAAGAGGGGCUGUGUAAUGCAUGUACUUGGAGACAAAACACUAAAUAUUCAAGAAUAGAAGCCAUAAAAAUUCAGAUUCUCAGUAAACUUCGUCUGGAAACAGCUCCUAACAUCAGCAAAGAUGCUAUAAGACAACUUUUACCCAAAGCUCCUCCACUCCGGGAACUGAUUGAUCAGUACGAUGUUCAGAGGGAUGACAGCAGUGAUGGUUCUUUGGAAGAUGAUGAUUAUCACGUUACGACGGAAACAAUCAUUACCAUGCCUACAGAGUCUGAUUUUCUAAUGCAAGUUGAAGGAAAACCCAAAUGUUGCUUCUUUAAGUUUAGCUCUAAAAUACAGUAUAAUAAAGUAAUAAAGGCCCAACUGUGGAUUUAUCUGAGACCCGUCAAGACUCCUACAACGGUGUUUGUGCAAAUCCUGAGACUCAUCAAACCCAUGAAAGACGGUACAAGGUAUACUGGAAUCCGAUCUCUGAAACUUGACAUGAACCCAGGCACUGGUAUUUGGCAAAGCAUUGAUGUGAAGACAGUGUUGCAAAAUUGGCUCAAACAACCUGAAUCCAACUUAGGCAUUGAAAUCAAAGCUUUAGAUGAGAAUGGUCAUGAUCUUGCUGUAACCUUCCCAGGACCAGGAGAAGAUGGGCUGAAUCCCUUUUUAGAGGUCAAGGUUACAGACACACCAAAAAGAUCCAGAAGAGAUUUUGGGCUUGACUGUGAUGAGCACUCAACAGAAUCACGAUGCUGUCGGUACCCACUAACAGUAGAUUUUGAAGCUUUUGGAUGGGACUGGAUUAUUGCACCCAAAAGAUACAAGGCAAAUUACUGCUCUGGAGAGUGUGAAUUUGUAUUUUUACAAAAAUAUCCUCAUACUCAUCUUGUACACCAAGCAAACCCCCGAGGUUCAGCAGGCCCUUGCUGUACUCCCACAAAGAUGUCUCCAAUUAAUAUGUUAUAUUUUAAUGGAAAAGAGCAAAUAAUAUAUGGGAAAAUUCCAGCCAUGGUAGUAGACCGCUGUGGGUGCUCAUGAGAUUUAUAUUACGUUCAUAACUUCCUAAAACAUGGAAGGUCUUCCCCUCAACAAUUUUGAAACUGUGAAAUUAUGUACCACAGGCUAUAGGCCUAGAGUAUGCUAUAGUUACUUAAGCACAAGCUACAGUAUAUGAACUAAAAGAGAGAAUAUAUGCAAUGGUUGGCAUUUAACCAUCAAAAUAAAUCAUACAAUAGGAAGUUUUAUGAUUUCCAGGGUUGUUGAACUAGAAGGAGAUCAAAUUACAUUCACAUUCAUAUAUAUCACAACAACAACAUAGGCAAGGAAAUGAAAGAAAUUCUCCUUGUGUUCUGGUGAGUUGAAGGAGUAUGCUUUAAAGUCUAUUUCUUUACAGUUUCACUUAAUAUUUUCAGAAAAAAAUCUAUAUAUAUAGUAUUGGUAAAAUGCAGGAUUGUCAUAUAUCAUCAUUUGAAACAUCCUUAUACAUUUGCAUUUAUAUUGUAUGAUAGCAUACUUGGUAAGAUAAAAUUCCACAAAAUAGGGAUGG